CGUCCACAGGCCGAGGUGGGCUUUAAAUCUACAGCCGUCGAUAUUUGAUAGUAUUUUCGUUUUAAUUUAUAAUAACAACCCGCCUCGAAGUGUCGCCCACCAUUGAAGAUGUCGACUCCAGCCAGAAGAAGGCUCAUGAGGGAUUUUAAGAGACUCCAAGAGGAUCCUCCAGCCGGUGUGAGCGGAGCUCCUUCAGAGAAUAAUAUCAUGGUGUGGAACGCGGUUAUAUUUGGACCAGAGGGAACUCCGUUUGAAGAUGGUACAUUUAAGUUGACUGUAGAGUUCACUGAAGAAUACCCCAAUAAACCACCCACAGUCCGAUUCACCUCAAAGAUGUUUCAUCCUAAUGUAUACGCAGAUGGAAGUAUAUGUCUCGAUAUUCUGCAAAAUCGCUGGAGUCCCACUUAUGACGUUUCAUCAAUUCUCACCUCAAUCCAGUCAUUGUUGGAUGAACCAAACCCCAACAGUCCAGCCAACAGCCAGGCAGCCCAGCUGUACCAGGAGAACAAGCGCGAGUACGAGAAGCGUGUGUCGGCCAUCGUCGAGCAGAGCUGGAGGGACAGUUGACCUGUAAACUCUGCGUGGUUAUAGUUUAACCGAGUGAAUUGCAAAGCAUCUCGUUCCAGCUUUUAGCUUUCUCCUUCUCUCUCCCAUUUAAUCUACAGUUCCAAUGCACUUUAAUCUGCCCCCUUGCCCCACCCCACACACACGUCCUCCUCCACGUCUGAAGACUUGCGCUGUCCUGUUGACCAUCUGGUUUCACUGUUCGAUACGUAACCAAAUACAACGUUGGCCUGUUGCCAUGGGAACCUGGAGUGGUCAAAUCAAAAGCCUUUAAAAAAAAAAAAAAAAAAAGUGGAGUCAGAUAGCGUGGACUGACAUGAUACUGGCCUGCCGUUGUUUCAUUUGACCGUGCCUGUUUGGAACUGAAAUGUCCCACUGUUGUAUGCUGUAUGGUGUGCUGUUACAUGCCAGGAAGUGUGAUUUUUAUAUUCCAUAAUGUGUUGUAAACCUGCCUCUCAUGUACCAUAUUGUAAGAAUACACUUUAAAGUUCAUGUACAGUA